AGCGGAAGUGACGCGAGGCGUAGCGGAAGUUACUGCAGCCGCGGUGUUGUGCUGUGGGGAAGGGAGACGGAUUUGUAAACCCCGGAGCGAGGUUCUGCCUACCCGAGGCCGCUGCUGUGCGGAGACCCCCGGGUGAAGCCACCGUCAUCAUGUCUGACCAGGAGGCAAAACCUUCAACUGAGGACUUGGGGGAUAAGAAGGAAGGUGAAUAUAUUAAACUCAAAGUCAUUGGACAGGAUAGCAGUGAGAUUCACUUCAAAGUGAAAAUGACAACACAUCUCAAGAAACUCAAAGAAUCAUACUGUCAAAGACAGGGCGUUCCAAUGAAUUCACUCAGGUUUCUCUUUGAGGGUCAGAGAAUUGCUGAUAAUCAUACUCCAAAAGAACUGGGAAUGGAGGAAGAAGAUGUGAUUGAAGUUUAUCAGGAACAAACGGGGGGUCAUUCAACAGUUUAGAUAUUCUUUUUAUUUUUUUUCUUUUCCCUCAAUCCUUUUUUAUUUUUAAAAAUAGUUCUUUUGUAAUGUGGUGUUCAAAACGGAAUUGAAAACUGGCACCCCAUCUCUUUGAAACAUCUGGUAAUUUGAAUUCUAGUGCUCAUUAUUCAUUAUUGUUUGUUUUCAUUGUGCUGAUUUUUGGUGAUCAAGCCUCAGUCCCCUUCAUAUUACCCUCUCCUUUUUAAAAAUUACGUGUGCACAGAGAGGCCACCUUUUUCAGGACAUUGCAUUUUCAGGCUUGUGGUGAUAAAUAAGAUCGACCAAUGCAAGUGUUCAUAAUGACUUUCCAAUUGGCCCUGAUGUUCUAGCAUGUGAUUGCUUCACUCCUGGACUGUGACUUUCAGUGGGAGAUGGAAGUUUCUCAGAGAACUGAACUGUGGAAAAAUGACCUUUCCUUAACUUGAAGCUACUUUUAAAAUUUGAGGGUCUGGACCAAAAGAAGAGGAAUAUCAGGUUGAAGUCAAGAUGACAGAUAAGGUGAGAGUAAUGACUGACUCCAAAGAUGGCUUCACUGAAGAAAAGGCAUUUUAAGAUUUUUUAAAAAUCUUGUCAGAAGAUCCCAGAAAAGUUCUAAUUUUCAUUAGCAAUUAAUAAAGCUAUACAUGCAGAAAUGAAUACAACAGAACACUGCUCUUUUUGAUUUUAUUUGUACUUUUUGGCCUGGGAUAUGGGUUUUAAAUGGACAUUGUCUGUACCAGCUUCAUUAAAAUAAACAAUAUUUGUAAAAAUCGUA